GAGCGGACUUCCCAAGUCAAGAGGUGCAGUCACUAUACUGCUUUCGUCAUCUAAUGGUAGAGUGUGAUAUCGGCGUUGAAUCUAUAGCGAUCAUGAAACGGUAAAAUUGGGUUGGCGGAGAAGAACGAGGGGAUGCAGCGGUGUCAUGAUCAAUGCAUUUUAAGGUUAUAAUUGCUGCUGUAAAAAGAUACUGUGAACCGGUACUCCUCGCUAAGUUCACAAGACAUGAAGUAUCGCGAUCGCUAAUAGAAUCCCAGCCGGUCAAACACCAACAAAGCGAAGCAAAACAGGAAUCAAAGCAUCAACAGGAGAUAGCUGCCCCAGCACAUCGUAGCGUAUACACGAAAGAAAAAAAGCACAUCCCCAGCAACUCCGAACCCCAUAAAAGAGGCCUGUGAAAGCCUCGGGUAUCAACCUCGUACAGUCUAUAUUUAACC